UAAAAUAUGGAAAACCUGAGCUAAAGAUGGGCUCUGUGGUGUCACACUUCAACCAGUUCCGUGGAAAAGGGAAAGUCGAAGAGGAGAGACGCUUGCGGGCAAAUGACAGACCUUUCAACCUAUCUCAUGGCUAUGCUAACAACGCCAUCAAGACCUCCAAAUACAACAUCGUUACUUUCCUGCCACUUAAUCUUUUUGAGCAGUUCAGGAGGCUCGCUAAUGCCUACUUCCUCUUCCUCCUUAUCCUUCAGUUAAUCCCACAAAUCUCCUCUCUGUCAUGGUUCACCACAGCUGUCCCCUUGAUUUUUGUGUUGUCUCUUUCGGCUGCCAAAGAUGCCAGCGAUGACAUAAACAGACACAAAAGUGACAAACAAGUGAAUAACCGCAGGGUGGACGUCCUCAUCGAUGGCCAACUGAAAAAAGAAAAAUGGAUGAAUGUUCAGGUUGGAGACAUAGUCAAACUGGAGAGUAAUGAGUUUGUCACAGCAGACCUUCUGUUGCUGUCCAGCAGUGAGCCUCUCAAUUUAGUUUACGUGGAAACAGCUGAAUUAGACGGAGAAACCAAUCUGAAGGUGAAACAGGCUCUGACUGCAACUGGAGAGAUGGAAGACAACAUUGAGGCACUGGCUGCCUUUAAAGGUGAAGUGCGAUGUGAACCUCCCAACAAUCGUCUGGACAAGUUCAAAGGGACCCUGACUGUGAACAGUGAGAUCUACGCCUUGGACAAUGACAAAAUGCUGCUCAGAGGCUGUACUCUGAGGAACACUGAGUGGUGCUUCGGUUUGGUCAUCUUUGGAGGUCCUGACACUAAACUGAUGCAGAACAGCGGAAAGUCAGUGUUCAAACGGACGAGCAUUGAUCACCUGAUGAAUAUCCUGGUCCUAUGUAUCUUUGGUUUUCUGGCAUCUAUGUGCGCCAUUAUGGCCAUUUGCAAUGCAGUCUGGGAAGUGAAACAGGGCUCUGUGUUCACUGUGUUUCUUCCUCGUGAACGGGGCAUUGAUGCUCCUCUCUCUUCGUUCCUCACCUUCUGGUCUUAUGUCAUCGUCCUUAACACAGUGGUACCGAUUUCCCUCUACGUCAGGUAA